AUGAAGACGGCAUCUGCUGUUGGGGGAAAUCGAGUUAACCGUUUCGUUUACGUUAAGGAUACUAACUCAGGCGAGUUAUUUUUGGUGGACACUGGAGCCCAGGUCAGUGUAGUCCCACCCAGAGUUAACACCACAACGAGCGAAUCAGCAUAUGCCCUGUGUGCAGCAAACGGUACCAAGAUUGAGACAUAUGGUCAGAUCUCUCUCACACUUAACAUCGGCUUAAGACGAUCGUUUCCGUGGUUGUUCACCGUCGCACAGGUGAAAUUUCCUAUCCUCGGGUCCGACUUCUUAGCCCACUACAACCUUGCCGUGGACAUGUCUACUCCCACCCUAAUAGACCAGACGACGCAACUAACGCUUACAGGCAUGAUUUCCACAUAUGCAUCCACUAAAAUCUGUGCCGCACUUCCUGAGAACAAUCCGCUACAACACGUCUUAGAUAAAAUUCCUUGCGCUUACAACACCUUUCACUUAUAUGGAGUUCGUCAAACACAACACUGUACAUCAGAUUCAGACAUCCGGACCUCCUGUUUUCUCAUCCCCUUAUAG